AUGGCGCGCAGAGACAGCGGACUCCAAGUACGCCUGGUGGGGUGGUCCCUCUCCCGCCGGCCGCACGGGUGGGCUGCUCAGCAGGGCCGUUGGCGUUGCAGGCUGUGCCCGGAGAGCCUAGACCCCCGCACCCUGCGCCUGCUGUGGGGGCAGCGGGAACUGGAGCUCCAGGCCCUGCGAUGGAGCCUCAGGCACCAGCAGGACACCCGGAACUAUUACAUCUCGCAGAAAGUGGCUGGGUGUCCGGCCCACAGGAACUGGCUCAGCCAGGAGACUCUCCUGCAGAAGCAGAUCCAGAGGCUGACCCUGGAACUGCAGGAGCAGAAGGAGCAGGCACAGAUGGAGAAGGAGCACCUGGAGGCGGAGCUGCUGCAGAGCUGCCAGGCGCUGCAGCAGGUGGAGGCCGAGCUGCACGCCUUCCGGAGGUCGUGCCUCCUGCAGCUGGCCCGCUCGUCCUGGGUGGGCCGCGUGCUGCGCUCGUCCACGGGCAGCGUGGAGGUGGUGACCGCGGAGAACCUGGUGGACUUCAGUGACUCCUCUGAGGACAACAGGGUCCCCACCACUGGGGAGGGUUUCCGGAUGGAGGACGUGGACUGGAACAGCAUUGCCCACCGGUACCCCAAUCUCCUUAGAAACCUGGAGCCCAACACCAAUGAAAAGUACUGGCGGCCCCAGAACCCGGAAUUCCUCAAAAGCGUGGACUGGGGCUCCCUGCCCGGCAGCCCGAAGCACACGGACUCGGGUUCCAGCAGCAGCCGGCAGACAGAAUGCAGCGGAGGGUCGGAGGCGCCCGAGCGCCCGGCCAGCACGCCGGCCUGCGCCUCUUCAGAGCAGCAGGACCUAAGGGCCGAGAGGCCAGGCGGGCAGGCUCAGGCGGACCCUGAAGGACAGUGUGCCCAGCACCUGAAAACGCCCUCGGAGCAGCAGCAGCAGAAUGUCCGGGCGCCCAGGACCGGUGUGGAUCCCGAAGCCCUGGACCCGAGCCCCGGCCGCAGCCCGCCGCGCUCCUGCCUGAGGAUCGUGACCGUGAGCCGCCGCGAGCGCUGCAUCUGCAUCCUGAACCAGUCGUCGGAGCAGACGGUCGACCUGACCGGUCACAUGCUGGUGCAGCGGGCCGGCGACUUCCCCGUGUCCAUGUACCGUUUCCCCAGCAACACGCAGCUGGAGCCGAACCACCACGUCACGGUUUGGAGCGACGGCAUCUGCAGCACCAAGAAAGCGCAGCCUCCCACCGACGGCCAGCAGCCCGCUCCCUUCCAGCCCAGCCAGCGCUUCGUGACCGUCCUCCUCAACCCCGAGGGCGAGGUCCUCAGCACGUUCCGGGCUCCGCACUGCGUGUCCCAGGUCUCGAGGCUCUUCGAAGACAACACUGACCUGUCCAUCGACCGCUUCCCGCUCCCGGACGCCAAGACCGCCCCGCCGCGGCGCCAGCCUCGAGCCCCGCGCAGGAGCCGGGCGCGGCGCCAGAGGCCACGGAUGCCGGAGCUCCUGCCGCGCGCGUGCCCCGGCAAGCUCGCGGGCCCCCGGGACGUGCCCCCCGCGCGGCCGGAGGGCGCGGACACGCCGGUGCCACCGGCCCUGCCCGGCACCCCCGGUGAGCGGGAGCGGGAGGGGAGCGGCCGGGGGCGGGGCGGCCGGCCUGCGCCACCCUCAUCGCUGUCCCCCGCAGAGCUCGGGCCGGGCCUGGACCAGGGCCAGGACAGGAAGGAGCACAAGGUCCAGGUGGGCCGGAAACGCGUGGACCGGACCUGCCCCAUGGUGGCACUGUCCGUGCAGAACACGGCCGAGAGCAAGUUCGGCUUCCGCUUCCUCAGCUCCCCGCCCAUCACGGUGGCCCCGCUGGCCGGUGUGGGCCGCGUCCUGCCGUGCCAGCGGCGCGUGUAG